AGACUCCCGCAGCUUAGUAGUGUCAACCUGUCGUCAUUGCCUGAUUAACUCAAUCAAUUAUCCUUUUACCAACUACAUUAUUAAACGAGCAGCUCGUUGAACUAACAGCACUUUAGAAGGGAUUGGAUUGAAUUGUUCUUUUUGUCAUAAAACUAUCUUUGAUAGUACUGUCGCAGUUCUCGAAGUCAAAUACUUGUCGAGAGUUGAUUCAUACGAUAAACAUAUCUUUUUUCUUCCUGAAGUUACUCUCCUGGACUGGAUUACAGGAAAAAGGUUUGCAUUUUUUCGAAAACGUAUUCGUGUUCGAACCAACGACGGAUUGUGAAAUACGCUUUUGAUUCACACGCUCUCUGAAAACUCGAUUCCACCAGUCACCUUCCAAAGUGUGAUAUUGCUUUAUAAGGUAUUUUUCGAAGCUUCCUAAUUCUUUGAAUAGUAUUUUUCAUUCCACUGCUCAUUCGUUUGUCGACAUUUUCAGGUCGUAAACAAGUUCAUAUUCGUGUUCUCGCAUCCAUUUCGUAACUUCAGAUAUUAUUUUGGCUUAUCGAGUUGUGAAAAUAUUUAUUACUUGAAGAAGGACGACGUUUCAUUCAAUCUUGGAAAGUUCGCUUCUAAAGAUUACAUCGAUCGAAUUCGAAACGCUCACUCCCCUCCUUUUCUCAUAAUCUUGUUGGUAUCAUAAUAUACAAGAUAUAAAUUUAUAAAAUAAAAAGCUAUUGUAGUCGGUUUCUUUUAUUUCAAAAUCGGUACCAUGGACUCCAACUCUCCAAUCUUGCCUUUAUCAAACAACAAUUCAGGAAACAGAACAUACUCAAGGCCUCCUCAAACUAGUCAUGCUCGUCAUGUCUCUUCGUCUGGAGCCAAUACUGCAUUUACAACUCCCAAACCGCCUAUGUCAAAAAAUUACAGUUAUCGAAGAGCUUCUCCCAAUGGAAGUUUUAUCAGUCCAUUAGAAGCUGUCAGUGUAAAACUUGCAAAUACGUAUGCUAUUUGUAACCCUAAGUUUCAAUUCUCUUCGGAACAAAAUCCUCGGAGACCUCUUACAAAGCCAAGUGAAGGUCUCCACAAUCAUGGCUAUGAUAACGCUAAUCACGAUUAUGUCCUAUAUGUCAAUGAUUUACUUGGCACAGAUGAAGGUCGAAAAUACUUGAUUCUCGAUACUUUAGGCCAUGGUACGUUCGGCCAAGUUGCAAAAUGCCAAGACUUAAAAACACAAAGGAUUGUAGCCAUCAAAGUAAUAAAAAACAAGCCAGCAUUCUACAAUCAAUGCGUUAUGGAAGUUUCUAUACUAGAAUUUCUCAAUAACCGCUAUGACCCAGACGAUAAACGACAUUUGAUUCGUUUAUAUGAUCAAUUCAUGCAUAAAAAUCAUUUAUGUUUGGUUUUUGAGCUCUUGAGUAUCAAUCUUUACGAAUUAAUCAAGCAAAAUCAAUUUCGCGGCCUGCACCUUAGUCUUGUACGUUCGUUUGCCAUUCAGUUGCUUUCAUGUGCAUCUCUACUAAAACAAGCACGUAUCAUUCAUUGUGAUAUGAAACCAGAAAAUAUCCUAUUACAAGACUUAUCGUCUCCGAAUGUCAAAGUGAUCGACUUUGGCAGUGCCUGUCACGAACGACAGACUGUGUAUACAUAUAUUCAAUCUCGGUUUUACCGAAGCCCAGAAGUCGUUUUAGGUCUUCAUUACAAUUGUGGCAUUGACAUGUGGUCUAUUGGCUGUAUUCUCGCUGAGUUGUUUUUAGGUCUUCCUUUGUUCCCUGGUAAUUCCGAGUAUAACCAAAUUUGUCGUAUCGUAGACAUGUUGGGAAAUCCUCCAGCCUGGAUGAUUGAAAUGGGAAAGAAUGCAAAAAAGUAUUUCAAUAUUUCAAUCGUUAACGGAAGAAAAAUCUAUGAGCUCAAAUCAAUUGAGCAGUUUUCCAUAGAAAACAACAAGGUGGAACAACCAGGGAAACAGUAUUUCGGUGAAAAAGCAUUAGAUGCUAUUAUAAUGAAUUAUCCACGCCGCAAGACCACACCUAAGCAUACUCCCGAGGAACAUGAGGAAAGAUUAUGCUUUAUUGAUUUUGUUAAACAAUUUUUAGAGCUUAAUCCUUUGAAGCGUUGGAGUCCAGAUCAGGCAAAAUUGCAUCCGUUCAUUACAGGUGCUUCGUUCAGUCAAUACUAUAUGAACAAGCAAAAGCCACCAUUUGUUACGCCUCGCACAAGAAACCGUUCACAUACAAUCGGAAAUCAAGCGAUGGUUCCUCCUUCGCUACAGCGUGCUAGUACCUAUGUUACGAAUGAACCGGAAGAAUUUGUGCAAACGAGACCAUUGCCACAAUACUAUCCCCCUGCUGAAGCCUAUACGAGUAAUGACAACGAUGAGACGGAUGAAUUUUUUUAAAUACUUAUUUGUUGCUGGUUACUUAUGUUUUUUAGAGUCAAAACUAUGUUUUCAAAAGAUUAUGUUCGCGGAUUCCAUUGUUUAUGCUAAGAUUAGUUUUUUCUUUUUUUUUCAUUUAUGAGAUCUAAAUAUGGUAUUAAUAACUUUUGGAAUAGAAAUAAUUUAAACCUCAUUUUAUGCAUA